CGGGUCGACGACUCCCUACCAGAUACCCAUAUAUAAAAGGAGAAGCCUUGCUUCGAGUAGGUACAUAACGAGAAGACAGGUACCUUAGGGCGAGUACUGGUUAAUCAUCCAGCAGCGCUCAUUGCACAUUAAUCAUGAAAACUCUAAUCAUUCUCACAGCAUUCUGCGCCCUAGCGCUGGCAGAUCCAGGCUACUUAGUGGCCUACAGUCACCUAGGUUAUCCUUUAGCCUAUGAUGGGCGAGUUUUGGACACUCCUGAGGUGGCACAAGCGAAAGCAGCUCACCUUGCGACACAGGCUUACGAAGCAGCUAGGAACACAUUAGGUUACGUACAUGUGCCAGCCCUGUUCCGUGUUUAUCCACAUGCAAUUACGUCUGGCGCACCCAUAGGCGCCGAUGGUCGGGUCGUUGAUACACCAGAGGUUGCGGAAGCGAAGGCUGCUCAUCUUACUGCUCACGCCUUGGAGACUGCUAAAAAAUUAGGAUUGCAUCCAUAUGGCGCUCUCGCUUAUACAUCAGUACCUUAUGCUUAUGGAUUUGGGUAUGGUGCACCCCUUGGUCCUGAUGGUAGGGUGGUGGACACACCAGAAGUUGCAAAAGCCAAAGCAGCACAUUUGGCCGCACAUGCUCAAGAGGCCGCGAAAAAUGCAGGAAAAUUUUGAUUAUUUGUUGUUAGUAUAUUUAGUAUUAUUCGAAAAUCAUUUUUUUAAAAUUGUAUAUCUUUUAUACAUUUACUGUAAAUGAAUUUUACAAUAAAAAUUUUUUCUAUUU